UGCUUGAUUUACUUCUAAACAGAUGGUGGAAAAAUGAUGGUUUUGUGACGUUGGCUGUAUUUAGCCAUAUUAACUAGUUAAAUAAUAGAAAAUGGGGAAAGCACUAAUUCUUAAGAGUAUUGCGGGGGCGGAGCCUAUGGAAUACAGGUGGCCCCUGACCGUAGGGAGAGGAAAUCUCAGGGGCGCCGAGGAUGAACACGAUCAGGCUUGUGAGAUAGUUGAGAGUAUAAAAUGGGUUGGAGUUGAUUGGCCUGAGGUUCAUGAGAAGAUGGGGGACCUACUCAAUACAUAUGACAGGCACGCCUGGGACUGCAUGAGCAAAAUUGUGGAUACGUAUAAUGCAGCUGUGGACGAAUUUGUUUCUCAAUCACUUCAUAAAGAAAGGUUGAAUCAGAAAACCACGAGGCAGCUACUUAGGCACAUUAUUCAACAGGUGUAUAACACAGCUAUUAGUGAUCCUAACGAACUCAAUCAUUACGAACCAUUCACCCCUGAGGUUUACGGUGAAACUUCGUUUGAUUUGAUAAAUCAGAUGAUAGAUCAGAUUAGCCCGAUCACGUCGGAGAACAAGUUUUUGGAUCUUGGCUCAGGAGUCGGGCAGGUUGUUCUUCAAGUUGCAGCUCUCACUGAUUGCCAGUUGUGUGUAGGGAUAGAAAAAGCUACCAUACCGUCAGGUCGAGCUGUAGAGAUGGAUUCCUUGUUUAAGAAGUGGAUGGCCUGGUAUGGGAAAAAAUUCAGCCCGUACAAGCUUUACCAGGGGGAUUUCCUGACCCCUGAGCACCGUGAAACUAUCAGUGAAUCCACGAUCGUCUUCGUCAACAACUACGCAUUCGGACCUGAGGUUGAUCACAUGCUCAAGGAGAGGUUUGCUGAUCUUAAAGAUGGAGCCAGGAUAGUGUCAAGCAAACCAUUUUGUCCACUCAACUUCAGAAUUACUGAGAGAAACCUCUCCGAUAUCGGUAGCAUCAUGCAUGUUAGCAUCAUGGACCCCCUUCAAGGUUCUGUAUCCUGGACUGAUAAGCCUGUAUCCUACUACCUCCAUAUUAUUGACUCUACGAAGCUGGAAAGAUAUUUUAAUAGACAACAAUCUCACCACACCAGAUCUAGAAGAACCGGACAUAGUUUACUUGAUGACAGUGCCAGUAAUGGAAGUGCAAGCAGAGCUUCCUCUUUGGAGAAGGAAUUGGAUUCUCCGUUUGCUCAUCUCUCUACAAACAGUGGGGAGGAGAGUGAUGGAAAGCCUAAACCCAAAGGCAGAGGCAGGUCUAAGAAGAAGUUUACCAAGAAAAAGUCCACACCGAGGGUUCUAGACGGACACGUAGAGAAGGUGACGAGCUUCUUGAAUAACUUGGAGGGAGUAGGAGGUGAAGAACUGGAAACUACCCCCGACACCUCUGUUCCCCCAAGCAGAGGAGAAUCUCCGCACAACUCGGACAGCUUGGAAACCGGUUCUGGGUCUGGUAGACCAGUGCGCGCAGCCGUUGUCAAUGCCGCGGCCAUCACGGAAGCUCAGAACGAUAUUUUUUCUUCUCUGGGACGCAGAACAUCCAAGAUGCGAGGCCGAGGAAAAUACAAGCAUCUAAAUGAAGGUGACAGGCUUCCUAGGCCUACUAAAACAGGAACUAAAAAGGUGAUCUCUAAGCGUCCUAGUCCUCCCUCCAGCCUGAUCUCAGAACUGGACUUUAUGCACAAGGAAACUAUGUCAAAGAUAUCCGAGUACAAUAAUACAGAGAAACUACCUUUUGGAUGUGCUAAUGAGAAUCUGAAUAUUCUACCUCCGGAAGAACUUUUCCACGAUGAAGUUCCAUUCCACGUUUACAACGGGGAGAACAGGAUCCCCCACGGGCUCCAUAUUCUGCUGGAGUCCAUGAAGAAACAGUAUUUAUCUAUGAUCAAGACGAUGCAGACUAAAGAGUAUUCACAAAACAUUAAAGAAGAGAUAAAGCACGAGAAAGAAAGAAAAGAGAGUUUAACGAAGAGAGUGGCUCAGCUGGAAAACCAGAUAGAUGGAUUGAUUCAAGACAGCCUUGGACUUCUAAAGGCCCGGAUUCGUGAGCUAGGAAUGAACGCUACAACUCCUACAGAAUUUACUUCUCAAGCUAAGAAUAUAGUUUGUUCACACACUGAUCUAUUAAAGAAAAAGGGAGGUUUAGAGCAGGAGAUAAAAAGGCUUGAAGUUGAACAGGAGCAAAUGGUUCAAGCUAAAGAGAUGGAAUUAUUAGAACAGCUUCUUGCGAGAAAAUCUGGGAGUGAUGUUAAUGUUUCUGAACUGAAGCAAUAUGUUCAGCGUGAAAUCAGAAACUGCUUUGAUCCCCGUAAUCAGCAGCUCCCAAAGCUCUCUAGUGACGUCACGCUCACCAAAGUAGCUGCUCCGGAAAAAGUCCAAGAGAAAGAUAAAGAUAAGGAGAGUCCACUGGGUCUACCAAAGAUGGAGCUAAAGCUACCCGGGGAAAGUUCAUUUUCUAUUCUUCGAUCUGAGGAGAAUAGGUCUAGAAGCUCGGAUGGUUUGUCCGAGAUAGAACGAAAUAAGAUCCUGUGUGCACCCAAGGCUGCAGAUGAUUAUGAAGAUCGGGUCAAGAUGAUAAUCACAACAGAGCUGGCCAAGGAGAAGGAAGGAGAAAAGAAUACUUCCCCUGGGAAAGACGCAAAAUCUCACCAGAUUAUGCAAGAACAGCGUCGACGACAAGCUCAACUGCAACAUCAUCAACUACAACAACUGCAACAUCAACAGCAGCAAAAGGCGCAACGUGGUAGACCUCCUAGUCAGCAAUCCCUAGAUCCAAGACUAGGGAUUGAUCAAGGGAGGUUAUUACAGCAGGAUCCAAGAAGUCAAGAUCCAAGAAUGGAAGGAAGACCACCACAAGACCCAAGAAUAGAUGGAAGACCACCCCAAGAUACAAGAAUGGAUGGAAGACCACAACAAGACCCAAGAAUGGAUGGAAGGCCACCACAGGAUACAAGAAUGGAUGGAAGACCACAACAAGACCCAAGAAUGGAUGGAAGGCCACCACAGGAUCCAAGAAUAGAUGGAAGGCCAUCACAGGAUCCAAGAAUGGAUGGAAGGCCACCACAGGAUCCAAGAAUGGAUGGAAGACCCACACAGGAUCCAAGAAUGGAUGUGAGACUUCAGCAAGAUCCAAGAAUGAAUGUCAGACCACCACAGGACCCAAGAAUGGAAGGACGACAGCCCCAAGAUCCAAGAAUGGAUGGUCGGAUGGUACAUGACCCACGAGUUGCUCAAGAUCCAAGAUUGGAUGGAAGAUAUUCACAAGAUCCAAGAUUCCAAGCUCUACAAGACGCAAGACUUUCACAGGAAAUGAGACUGCAGCAUGCAGGACGAGUUGACCCUCGUCUUAUAUCUCCUCAUGAUGCAAGUAGGACUGACCCGCGUGGUUCUGACUCAAGGUAUCAUGGUGAGCAGCAGCGGGUGUCCCACAUGCCCGAUACAGGUAGACCCGGAUACCUGCCCCAACCCGACUCCAACCGUCCACCUGUCUCCGAAUCUGCUGAGAUUACCCGAAAACAAUUUCAUUCAGAUCCUAGCAGGCUUGUCAGCAGUAGCAGCACAGUCUCUAACAGCCAUCAGACUCUUACAUCUAAGCAGAUGAUUCACAUGUCAGUAGAGAAGGCAAUGCAGAACCAGCAGAACCAAGGAUCUAGUGCUACCAGGAUGUCCAUGAUUAUUGAGGAAAGUAUCCGUAAAGAAGCAGAACGGGAGCAGAGAAGGAAUAAGUAUAGUGCUGUUGUACAAUCUGAAGAUAAUCUAGAAGGACUGGCUUGUCCCAGAGGGGGUAGCAAUAUACAGGAUAGAAAGCAAGGUCCCCCAGCAAGUUCUGCAGGUUCCCUGCCCCAAGUUGAGGGACUAGCAGCAAGAUUUGAUACCUACUUAGCAAAAGAAAAAGAGAAGGGUGGAUCCCGUGCCGGUACAUCUUCUGCUGGACCAGACAGCUUUGGAGCCAGAUUUUCCUCCCCUGAUCCUGUACAGACACAAUCCCGGCCCACCAGUACUGGAUCAAAAUCCUCUCUGCACACUCCCGAUCCUACUCAGGACGGAGUAAAUGAUAAGAAGAGGAUUGGUAGUCCUAUUCUGUCUCCGGGAGGUAAGAAACCUCUGCUCACAGAGGACGGGAAGAAGAGACGGGAUCCUGACGAUACCAGACGCUGGCAGGAUGAGAUUUCUGAGGGUUUUGAUCGUCUUGUUGCUAUGGCGUCUGAGGUCGACAAAAGACGAAAAUCCGCAGAAAAUUCACCCUCAAGAAAUUCUCCCAGGAAAGGUGAUGGAGGUGGAGCUAAAGGAUCUCCUAGAACUGGUGUAGAUAUCAGACUUCUUCAGGAUUCUAACCCGUAUGACCAGCAGACCCUGGCCAUGAAGAUCAAGGCUGGAUUGAUGGGACCUCUGCCCCCUCGUGCCGGAGAACCAGGUCCUUCGAGGGCGGAGCUGGGUCCACCACGUGGCGGAGAGAAGAGUCGUGGGGCGGAGCUUGCCAACCUUCCAGGAGAAAACUUGCCAGAACAUCAUUUCAAGAAGAAAUAUUUUAAUCAGGAGUUCCUGAGACAGCAAGAAGAAACCCAACGAGCCCGGGAUAAGGAGGGUGGUCACAGAGUACAUCCAGAUCAAGUCCGGGGUCCUCAGGGGCCAGAAGGUGUAAAUAGAGAAUAUCACAGAGGUUCUUACGACCAGGGGCGCUGGGAGGGGGACAGGGGCAAUGUUUCCUAUGAUCAAAGGAUGGCGUUGGAAAGACAAAGAUUAGAACAAAGACAAAUCCAGGAGCAGAGAGCUUAUUAUGAGGCUACUCGAGGAGGGGAUCCUCGAAUGAUGGCUCAUGCCGAGGCCAGAGGUCAGCAUCCUCAAUCUGGUAGAGGUCACGAAUCUCGUGGAGGUCAUGUUCAUGAUGCAAGUGCAGGUCCUCAUGAUGGUCGCGGAGGACAGGACUCCAGACAAAACCAAAUGGAAAGUCGGGGUGGUCAUGCAGAGUCUCGAGGUGGUCACCACGAGAUGCAUGGUGGUCAGGUGAGACAGAUGUACGGCGGAUAUUCCAGGGAGUAUUUACAAGAACAGGGACCACGUCAGGGUCAAGGACAACCAGGGAUGGGACCUGGACCUGGACAACAGGGAAUGGGACCAGGACCUCCUGGGAUGGGACAGGGACCUCCUGGUAUGGGUCAGGGUCCUCCUAUGGGACAAGGAGGUCCUAAUAUAGGACCUGGGCAGCAAGGUAUGGGACAAGGACCUCCUGGAAACUACAACCACUACACACCACAAAUGAUGCAGGCAUAUCGACAGCAGAUGAUGAUGUCGGGUCGUCCACCCCCUCCACCCAAUCAAAAAUGAUUUGUGUAGAAAUCCGCCAGUUAGUCCUUCAUUUUUGAAUUUCCCGCCAGUUUGAAUAUUCCGCCAUUUGGAAUUGCCCACAAUUUAAAUUGCCCGCAAUUUAAAUUGUGGGCAAUUUAAAAUAAAUGCUCAAUUUUAAAAUUGAAAGAAUUUAGUUGCUGCAUGAAAUAUCGUUUUUUAUGUAAUAUUUUAUGUUAGUUUUUUAACAUUAUAAAAAUGUUUUUUGUUUUGUUUUAAGCACUUGUGUACUAAAAAUUUUAAUUUGCCGAUCUUUUUAAAAUCAAUAAGGGAAAGAACUGUUAAUUAGAAGUAUUAGAAUAUCAAUAUCAUUCUCUUUAACCAGACGAGAAGGUCUGUUUAGUAAUUAAGCAUGCGUUUAGGAAAUGUUGUUAAAUUGUUAUUGUUCAGAAGAUGGAAUUUAACCCUAGCUUCUACUUUAAAAUACCUUAACAAAGUUUUGAAAAUCCUGUUCCUCUGUAGAUAUUGUGCAAUUUUCUAUAUUGUAAUAAAUUAUUCAUUUGA